UGAUCUUUUUGUAAUCCAUGCUGCCGGUCGGGGUGACCUUAUGUGCCAUGCUAGCGGCAGCGCUGCAAGAUAUUACAAGCGAGGACCUCAAGACAUCUUAGCUUACCUAAGCGACUAGGUGCUGUAUGAGAACAUAGUCACGCUUUGUGCUUUAAACGCCCUUGUUAGUUAGCACCUGCAUUGGCCAGCAUCGGUUGCACUGUUAUAAAGUAUCACUUGUGUACCUUUGUGUAACAAGCCCGGUUCGGUCCAGAUCGGCCCGAGAGUCAGGAUGGCCGAAGCGCAACAGGCUCGCAUGCAGUCUGCCGUGGACGAGAUGGUUCAGGGACUGGAGCGCGACCACAUCCGUAAAAUGCAAGGGCUCAUGUUCCAGUGCAGCGCGCGGUGCUGCGAGCGCGCCAGCGACUCCAUGACCCAGGUGCACCAGUGCAUCGAGCGCUGCCACGCCCCCCUGGCCCAGGCGCAGAGCCUGGUCACCACCGAGCUGGAGAGGUUCCAGGACCGGCUGGCCCGCUGCACCAUGCACUGCAACGACAAGGCCAAGGACGCGUUCGAGUCGGGCGCGAAGGAGGCGGCGGUGCGCGGGCAGCUGGAGCGCUGCGUGGGCGGCUGUGUGGACGAGCACCUGAGCCUGCUGCCCAGCGUGACGCGCCGGCUGAAGGACAGCCUGGCCUCCAUCAAGCAGUGAGGACGGGGGCGCUGGGAGCCGGCCCGGGGGCCAUCUGGGCCUGCAGCCGACAGCGAGGCCAGCAGGCACGGAGCGGGGACACGGACUGGCCGGCGGCGCGGGCCUUCGGCACAGACAGAGGGCGCGGACCGCCCCGACGGACUGACCCCUGUCCUCCCGAGGACAGGUGGAGUGGGACACCCUGGCUGUGUCAGACCGUGAAGACAAGCGGAUGAAACUUGGGACUCCCCGUGCAUAGCAGUUUGAUCCAGUCCGGGUUUUACCACCUGCCGUCUCUAGUAAACAGAGAAAAUGAAAUCUAGACAGUUUUCAUUUUCUCGUAUAUUCAUGUCUGUCUAUGUUUUGCAGACUGGAAUUAAAGUAGAAAGGAGAGAAGGAGUGUGGUAAAACUUGAAAUGGAUCUUAUUGGUACCUCUGUGUUCUUCGUUUGUCAGGAGAAAACCAUGAGCAGCUGUGAACCACUAGAGCCAAGUUUCUGCACAACUCUCUACCUCCUCCUGCAGGGGGUGCAAUUGUGGCUUCAGUUUUACACACUGUGGAAUUUGCUGCUGACAGCACUGUUUCCCUUUUUGUAUUGCAACAAUUCAAAAUCGGGAAUAAAAUCCGUUUUCUCUGUAUUCUCUUAAAAGAGA